AUGUUGCUUACCCUGGCCAUCAUGCGCGUCUCGAUCGCAGGCCUCACCCUGUUGCCCCUGGUCAAAGCGAUGGCCUUUGGUGCAACCUUUGGCACAACAUUUGACGCGAUCGACGACGCUACGAGCGCACGCUUUUCUGACUUUGACUGGGACGCUGUCGAACCAAAGGCCGAGCUGGAGUACCACGACUGCUACAACGAGUACAAGUGCGCGCGCCUCGAGGUGCCGCUCGACUGGAAGAAUGAGUCGGACACGCGCAGGGCGACAAUCGCCAUCAUGAAGCUGCCUGCCGUUGUAGGCGAGGAUGACCCGGCAUUUGGUGGUUCCGUCUUCACGAACCCAGGUGGCCCUGGCGGUUCCGGCGUGCAAUUCAUCCCACGCAUAGCGCAUCAUUUGCAGAAGACGAUGGACAAGCCGGGCAAAAAGCACUAUGAGAUCAUCUCCUUCGACCCUCGCGGCGUAGGUCAGAGCACACCGGCCGCAGACUGCUACUCGGGUAACAUCCUGGCCAGGCAGGGCACGUCGCUCGAGACCCGUGGUACCCUUGGCCUGGGCGGUUCGCCCGAGUCCCUAGCCUACAACUACGCUCUCACAAAGGCCACCAACAGGAGGUGUUCCCGCGCGGAUGAGCUGGUUGAGGAAAGCAUCUUCAAGUACAUUGGCACACCCAACGUCGUGCGCGACAUGGUGGAGAUGGUAGAUCAGAUCGAUGCACUGCGGAGCAAGGAAGCUGCCACCCGCGGCCAGAGUUGGCUGGAGCUCAAGAAGCGGAGUGGCAGCGGCAACGACGAGACACCGCGUCUGCAGUACAUUGGGUUCUCGUACGGCACCGUGUUGGGCAAUUACUUUGCGUCCAUGUAUCCCGGCCGGGUGCAUCGCGUCAUCCUCGACAGCGUGUGCGAUAUCGAAGACUACGCCCAUGGCCCGGGGUGGCUCACCAGCCUUCGAUACAUGGAUCCCCUUUUUGAUGAGUUUUUCAAGGGGUGCUACGAAGCAGGACCUGAGUACUGCGAGCUCGUGCGCGAGGAUGACGCCUCUUGGACAGACAUUUCCCGCCGUGUCUGGGACUACCUGGUAUCCCUCGACGAGUUGCCCUUGGGUCUGAUCGGACCCAACGACGUCAAUGCCGUGAUCACCGGGUCUGACGUCCGCGGCUUGAUUGGUAGUAUGAUGUAUUCGCCCAUCGAGACAUUCAAAUUGCUGGCCCAUGUGCUCGAUCGCUCCAUGGAUGGCGAGUUAGAGGAGCUCGUAGACAUGCUCGCGGGCAGCGCGAUUCCUAAUCUCGAAACGGGGUGCUCAGCUUUCGAUGCGCCAGCCAACAAGACAACCAACCUCCUUAACAGACGCGAUGUGCUCUAUUCAGUCAUCUGUCAAGACGGCGAGGAUGUCACAGACAAGGAUCUGGCUUACUGGCACAAGUACGUCAAAGAGAUGCGGAGUACGUCCAGGCUCUGGGGUGACAUGUGGGCUAGCCUUCGUUUCGCCUGCUCCAGCUGGCCCUUUGAGUCGAAUUGGAAGUUCAACGGCCCCUUUACCACGCCAAAGGCCGAUCCUGCGCUGUCGGAGGGCAACCCUUCGGCGCCCUUGCUGUUCCUGGCCAACCGUUUCGACCCUGUCACGCCCGUGACGUCUGCGCGCGCCAUGGCGCACGCGCACAAUGAUGCGCAGCUGAUCGUCUUCGAGUCAAUGGGCCACGGUGUCGCAGGGGGCGCCCGCAGCGAGUGUCUCGCCAAGCACCUGGCCGAGUACAUGGAUACGGGCAAAGUGCCUGACGAGGAGACAAUCUGCGAACCAGAGUGUGGACCGUGGAGUGAUGUGUGCGAGACGUACCAGGCGACUUCCCAGACUUUUUCCAUGGACUACCCGCUAUCCAGGAUGGUGGUAGUCGGUGAUCAAAGCGCUGGAAAGUCCAGCGUCCUCGAGUCCUUGACUGGCUUUCACCUCCCUCGUUCCGUGAGCCUGUGCACCCGCCAUGCCACGGAAAUUAUUUGUCGUCGCGAGGACAGCCAGAGCGUCACCGUGUCCAUUGUCCCGCACUCUUCAGACACCAAGGAUCUGGAGAGGGCACAGACGUUCCGCCGCACUCUCGAAACACUUCAGGAAGAUGGUUUCGAGUCCAUUUUUGAAGAGGCAGCUGAGAUCAUGGGAAUCGACCUCGGCAAAGAUAAGGCCAAGGCUGGCAGUGUUUUCAGCAGGGACAUCCUCCGCGUGGAAAUCAGCGGCCCCAAUGAGCAGCACCUCACUGUCAUUGAUGUCCCGGGCAUGUUUGAAAACGAAACACCUGGGCUCACGACGACGUCGGACAUUGAGCUGGUCGUGGUGGACCUUGUCAACGGGAAGCGCCGUGAUCUCGCUCUUGGAUAUUGCGUUGUCAAGAACAGAGGCGCGGACGACAGCUCCACCGGCAUCGAGGAGAGGCAUUGGAAGGAGAAGGUCUUCUUUGCAGAACGCCCAUGGAGUGCUCUGCCUGAUGAUCGACUGGGCAUUCCGGCACUACGCGCUCGCAUCCACGGGCUCCUCAUGAGCCGCACGAAGAGCGAGAUCCCCAAGGUGAAAGACGAAAUCUCCGCCCGCCUCAAGACCAAGAAGCAGCUUCUGGAAGCAAUGGGCGCGUCUCACUCCACCCCAGAGGAACAGAGGGCUCUGCUCGGCAGGGUCGCCUCUCGUUUUGUUCAGCUGAAGCUCUAUGCUCUGGACGCGUACUACACGCGCGACACUGUCUUCCAAGAGCAGCCUGGUCUGAAGCUCAUCACCCGCAUGCGCGAGCUCAAUGAAGUCUUCUCCAAGACUUUGUACGGAGCAGGACACACGCGCAUCUUUGUUGGUGAGAUUAGCUCCUCAUCGCUCCCGAAAGGCCAUCAGGUGAAUGGUGGUGGGACGACUCUUGAGCCGGAAGUCAACAGCAUGUUCGCCUCUGAGGACGGUGAGGACGGUGAGCCUGGAGGGGGAACCGUCCGCGAUGGCUACUACUGCGUCGACUGCACCUUUACCAUUCCCGAUGACGAACUGAGCGAAUUGGACACCGUCUUGGCCGAACCUUACGAUUGUAUUGCACCCUUGGAAGACGACAUCCUCCAGCACAUUGAAGAGGAGUACCUCACGUCUCGCGGGUACGAGCUGGGCACUUUUGGUGCCGAAGUCGUGUCCGGCAUUUUCAAGGAACAGGCCAAGAAGUGGCGGCCCCUGACGCGCGCUCAUGUCUCCAAUGCUAUCCUUGUUGUAGAUCGCUUCAUCAAGUCUAAUCUUGAGGUAGCCUGCCCCGAGGAGACGAUCCGCUCCUCGCUGUGGAUGUUUGUCAGCGACGAGCUGCUGCAGCGCUACCAGGCUGCCAUGGAGCACACGGAGCUCCUGCUCGGCGUCGAGUUCCAGGGGCGGGCAAUGACCUACAACCCUGCGUUUGAGAAGGCUCUCGCCCGCACCAAGACUGAGCGUGUCAAGAACCUGCAUGCCGAGGAAAAGACACUCUUGUCCUGGGACAGACAGGACUAUGUGCUCUCGGACACUGCCGUCGCAGAUAAGCUGACUUCGCUCUUCAACAAACACAUUGGGGGCAACGACCCGACCAAGAAAACGCGUCAGGAUAUCCACGACGUACUCCACGAGUACUACAAGAUUGCACGUGAUCGGUUCGUGGACGUUGUCUGCCAGCAGGUGGUGGACCACUGCCUUCUCUUUGGGCCUCGCAGCCCCCUCUCCGCGCUGAGUGACCAACUCGUUCUGCAGAUGAAGCCUGCGGAACUUGAGGACGUGGCCGGUGAGGACGUUGCUGAUCGCGACCGCCGUGAGGCGCUGACGCGGGACAUUGAUGGACUGAACAAGGCUCUGAAGAUUCUGCGCUUCUAA